CUGACGUAUCCCCAUUCAAUCUCACUCACGUCUUGCCAACAUUUUAGAAUGUCACUAUUAGUAGAAUAUUCAGACAGUGAAAGUGAUGUUGAUUCAGAAUCAGAGCAAGUUGCUUGUCCCAAGAAAAUGAAAUUAUCUGAAAAGACUGAUAAGAAUCCCGCUCCCAAAAGGCCACAGCUUCCAUUACCAGAUUCCAUUGUUAAAUUAUUUGAUAAAGAAGAGCAACAUGAAGAUGAUUCAAGUAAACAUGGAGGAAGAAUUCGAACAUUUUCUCAUGAAAUAGGAAACUGGGCAACGCUUGUGUUUAUCCCUUAUGAAGCUGACAACCACUUAACAGAUAUGGUUGAAGAACUACUUCUUUGCCUUAGACCUUUAGAAUUUAACAUGAUGGAUGAAUUCCAUAUGAGUCUAUCAAGAACAGUCACUAUCAGACAUCAUUGGAUACAGUCACUGGUAGACUCUCUACAGUCAAAAAUUACUUCCUUGUCUAGUUUUCCAUGUGAAAUGACAAAGCUUAAAUUUUAUGUAAAUGAUGAAAAAACAAGAUCAUUUCUUGCAUUAGAAGUGGCCUCCAUAACAAAGACAUUAUCAAGAUAUGUACAGGUGGUUGACACAUGUUUCAAAGAGUUCAAGCUACAAACAUAUUAUAAGAACCCAUCAUUCCAUAUUAGUUUGGCUUGGUGUGUUGGUGAUGUCAUCUCCAAAAUAUCAAAAGAAAAGACAGAAGAAUUAGAGAAAAUAUGGAAUACCACUUGUGAUGAAAAUCCUGAACUUAAAUACUUCUAUGCCAGAAAAGUCAACUGCAAGACCGGGAAUAAGGUGUUUAGUUUUGAUGUAACAGAUACUUGAUUAAGACCAUCUUAUAGUGACUUUGAAAAGACAUCAAGGAAGAAAAUAUUUCAAUAUGGACUCUAAAGCUACACUGAUGACUAGUUUACAUUAUUUAUAUAGCAUAUAUAUAUAUGUAAUAGAAGAACAGGAUUGCAGUAGAAAAUGUGUUAGCUUGACAUGUUAUCUAUGGAAAUAAACAAGAAUGCAGUGGAAAAUUUGUCAAAUUUGCAUUCCACUGGUGUCUUCAAGUUAUAUUGGAUUAAGGACAUAACCAGAUAUAUUGCAUCACAGAGAGAGAUUGAUUUGACACUGCAAUGUUUUCAUGUCUAUCAUAGGUUUUAAAAUGUGAAAACCUUAUCACUACAAACAGAAUAGAUUGGUCCUAAGUUUGAUAUGAAUAUAAUAAAUAUAACUUAACUUCA